AUGAGCAGAUGCGAAUACUGCAAGUCCAGAAACAUGUUGCCUCUCAAUGGAAAGUACUAUUGUGAGGAAUGCGAAAUAUACUACAUAUACAAAGACAAGAAGCAGGAAUAUUCUAAUCUCCCCAUAGAAGAAAUAGGACAGAUGACGGUUGGGAAUCAUCUUUGCAGAAAGUGUAAAUUAAAAUACUCGGGAAAGAAAAGCAUCGCGUGUACAACGUUUCGCGAAUACUUCAAGAAACUUCCCAUGUGUAAGAGAUGUAAGAAAAGCAACGAGAGAUGCAUAAAGAAUGCAUUCUUCAAAAACUUCAUACUCUACAAGACUUAUGGUCGGGUGUUUUCGAUACGAUACAUUAUAUUUCACACCUUAUUGUUCUACUUGGUGGGCAGCUCCAUCCUUUAUAGACUUUUUGCAAUCAAUCUGAUUACUUACCAAAAGAGAGGAUUCAGGCUCUACGAGUGCCUAUUCAAUUCCAUUCUUACUGCUACUCUUGGAUACUGGAGAUGGGGCGUCAUUCCGUUGUACCUGUACUGUUUGUUUUCAAUGGUGUGGUCUAACAGGUGGCACUAUAGAGUCCCAGUCGACCUGGACGGCCCUCCUCCGAACAUCCUAGAAUACUUGGAGCAUCUCAACAUAGGAGGAAAGAAGGAUUGGCAGGGUUGA